AUGUCGGCUCCUAGUCUCACCAACUUCGUUGUCAAGCGCCCAUGGUUGAAGCGCUGGAUGACCCCCAUCGCCAACUGGUAUGUCGACGCUGCUGGCUACAGAAGACUCGGUCUCAGAGCCGAUGAUCUGAUCCCCGAGGAGAACGAGGCUGUCCUGACCGCUCUCAAGCGUCUUCCUCCCAAGGAGGCUUACGACCGCGUCUUCCGUAUUCGCAGAGCUUUCCAGUGCUCCAUUUCCCACACCCUUCUUCCUCCUGAAGAGCACACAAAGCCUUCCGAGGACGUCGAGUACCUCAGCCCCAUCAUCCGCGAGAUCGAGAAGGAGCUGGCGGAGCGUAACGACCUUGACAACCUUGUCGUCAACCAAAAGCGGUAA